CAUUGCUUUUAGCGAGGCGGGACGGGGACGGACUCAUGAGAGAGACCAGCGCCACCAGGGGUGAGGGCCCCGUGUGCAAGGCCGUGGCGGGCGGGGAUGGGGACGGGGACGGGAAGGGCGCCGGCGCCGUGGCGGCCUCCGCGCGCCGCCGCCGCCGCCGCCUCGAGCUCCGGAGGCUCGGGCGGACCGCGGAGGCGGCGGAGGAGGGCGUGUCGGCGAAGAGGGUCCGGUCGGGGUCGGACAGGUCGUCGUCCGACUCGUCGGUGGAGGCGCACCACGGGGCGAGGUGGCCGGCGUGCCUGUCGCACGGCGCCGUGUCGGUGAUCGGCCGCCGGAGGGAGAUGGAGGACGCCUUCUCCGUCGCGCUCUCGUUCCUGGCCUCGGCGGGCGCGGGCGCCAAGGGCGGCGGCGGAGGCUCGGACGGGGAGGAGGACUUCUUCGCGGUGUACGACGGCCACGGCGGGGCGCGGGUGGCGGAGGCGUGCCGGGAGCGGCUCCACGUGGUGCUCGCCGAGGAGGUUGGCCUGCGCCGCGGCGUCGGCAGCUACGCGCGCUGGAAGGAGGCGCUGGUGGCCAGCUUCGCCCGGGUGGACGGCGAGGUCACCGGCGGCCUCGCGCCCCCGCCCAAGCAGGCCGCCGCGGGCGCUGACCCCGACCUGCCCUACCACACCGUGGGGUCCACCGCCGUGGUGGCCGUCGUGGGCCAGCGCCGCAUCGUCGUCGCCAACUGCGGCGACUCCCGCGCCGUGCUCUCCCGCGGGGGCGUCGCGGUGCCACUAUCCACUGAUCACAAGCCAGAUCGGCCAGACGAGUUGCAGAGGGUGGAAGCGGCUGGGGGCAGAGUCAUCAACUGGAACGGGUACCGUGUCCUGGGAGUGCUUGCAACUUCUAGGUCGAUUGGUGACUACUACCUGAAACCGUACGUGAGCGCCGAGCCGGAGGUGACGGUGGUGGACCGCACGGACCAGGACGAGUUCCUCAUCCUGGCCAGCGACGGGCUGUGGGACGUGGUGUCCAACGAGGUGGCGUGCAAGAUCGCCAGGAACUGCCUCAGCGGCCGGGCGGCCUCCAAGUUCCCCGAGUCCGUCGCCGGGCGCACCGCCGCCGAUGCCGCGGCACUGCUGACGGAGCUGGCCAUGUCCCGCGGCAGCAAGGACAACAUCAGCGUCGUCGUGGUCGAGCUGCAGCGACUGAAGAGGAGCGGCGGCGGCGGCGGCGGCGCCGGCGCGGCCUGAUGAUUUUAGUUUACUGAGGCUUUGAGCAUGUAGCUGUAGCGGGUAGAUGAUGACAAUUAAAAGCAUUUGAGCAUGCUGAGAAGCUGGGGAUUAAAAAGGGUUCGAAUUUGAACGGCAUGGUGAUGCAGGGUGUACAUAGGGGAGCGGUGUUGGAUGUUUGAGGCUCUCGGUGUCCUAAUCAUAGCUAUAUGCCAAUUUAUUAUAUUCUCUUGGUUCUUUCACAUCA